AUGGCUACUUCAGAGACGAAGGAGGCCAAUGUGGUCUUGCCUGAGUAUUCUAUGCAAGAUAUUGCGGCGCAUAACACCAAGACUGAUACGUGGAUUGUCAUUCACGGACAAGUUUUCGAUAUCACCGAAUAUCUGCAAGAUCAUCCCGGUGGCGCAGAAGUCCUCGUUGAAGUAGCAGGCCAGGAUGCCACCGCGGCCUACGAAGAUGUCGGUCAUUCUGAAGACGCCCACGAGAUUAUGCAACCCUACCUAGUGGGUACUCUCAAAGAUGCGCAGCAGUAUGUGCGGCCCAAAGCCGUGCGCGUCGUCUCACAAAAUACACCGGAGCCUCCCAAAUCUUCAUCAAUAGGCACCGUGGCAGGCGUGGCCGGCACUCUGAGCACCAUCAUCCCAGCUCUCUACAUCUACAGCUCCAGUGCAUGCCUUUCUAACAGCCUGAGCUCUAUCUCUCACAUUAUACCUCGCCAUUUCAAAACUAUUCGUCUCCCGCGUGGCGGUUUCGUAAAUGGCUUCCUCGCUGCUAGCCUGAUCUGCGGCGCCAUCGGUGUCUACGCAGCCAAGCAAGCCAGUCGUUUCACCAAGAUCGACUCCGGCUUCAUGCGGUAUCCUCCGCGCAUCAAGGCCAAGAAGGUUGUCCGCGUCGACCCGCACCUCACACGCGGGUUCCUUGAGCCUCAGACCUACCAAGACCUACCACUGGUAGCUAAGCACCAACUCUCCCCCAACGUCUACCGCUUCAUCUUUGGCCUGCCCGAGCCAAACACAAUCCUCGGUCUCCCCAUCGGCCAGCAUGUCGCCAUCAAGGCUAUCGUCGAUGGCGCAACGGUCACCCGCUCCUACACACCUACCUCCAACAACCUCGACCGUGGGCGCCUCGAGCUCGUGGUGAAAUGCUACCCGGACGGCCUGAUGAGCCGGUACCUCUCCGGUCUGGAAAUCGGCGAACAAGUCCCCUUCCGUGGACCCAAGGGCUCGAUGAAGUACACCAAAGAUGUGGCCCGCCACAUCGGCAUGGUCGCUGGCGGUACUGGUAUCACACCCAUGUACCAAUUGAUCCGGGCGAUCUGCGAGAAUGACGCCGACACAACGCAAAUCAGUCUGGUCUACGCGAACCGCAGCGAGGCUGAUAUCUUACUGCGUGAGGAACUUGAUGCCUUCGCCCGGAGGUAUCCUGGUAACUUCAAGGUCUGGUAUAUGCUAGAUACUGCGCCGGAGGACUGGGCUUAUGGCACGGGCUUUGUUGAUGCUGAUGUGCUGCGUGAGCAUAUGCCUGCUCAGGGCCCAAACACGAAGGUCCUGCUGUGUGGACCGCCUGGUAUGAUCGGUGCUACGAAGAAGAACCUGGCUACACUUGGAUUCAAGACGCCCGGGUCGGUGUCGAAGAUGAGCGAUGAGGUAUUCUGCUUUUAG